ACACCCUCCCUAAGCCCCCAUCACCUAGCCUAGGGCAUCAGAUCAGAUACCCUGUUCGUCCUCUUCUUCCCCGAUUUGUUUAGCUCCCGUGGUUCCUCUUUCAGGGGUUCUUGCUUGCGCCGCGACCCUACCUGGACCUAUUAAUGCCCCGGUCGUGACAGAUGCUCGCUGUUUUUGGGACCGGUAGCAGCCUCGCUCUCUGAAGCCUGACCCUUUUGCUUGCCCCUGCGGCUCCUGCAAACACCCUGCUCCGGGAAGAACCGUGUGUCGCCGAUCCUGAACUCGGGUUGAUUCGGAGCACCACCUGGUGUUUUGUUCGUCCAGCAAAAGAGAUUUCCUUUUGAGUUCUUUCCUUUUUCUCAGAGUCCAGCCAGUUUCAGGAGUUCCUUCAUUGCAAAGCUCUGCUCUGUUCUCUCGCUCGCCUGCCUUUUUUCAGAGCUGUAGUCCGCGAUUUGUUCGAGCUGCGAAUUCUUGAUUGAUUCUUGGCACCAAAACACCGUCGAAUUCCACAUAGUUUGUUGAUCGCCGUCCAUGGCGGCGGCGGCGGCGGCCGUGCGCGCCGCGGCGGUGACGGUGCUGUCAGUGGCGGUGCUGUGCGGCGCGGGCCUCCGGCGGUCGCAGGCGAUCGGCGUGAACUGGGGCACGCAGCUGAGCCACCCGCUGCCGGCGAGCACGGUGGUGCGGCUGCUGCAGGACAACGGCUUCGACAAGGUGAAGCUGUUCGACGCCGAGCACGCCAUCCUCGGCGCGCUCAAGGGCUCGGGCAUCCAGGUCAUGGUCGGCAUCCCCAACGACAUGCUCGCCGACCUCGCCGCCGGCGGCAAGGCCGCCGAGGACUGGGUCGCCAAGAACGUCUCCGGCCACGUCCGCGACGGCGUCGACAUCAGGUACGUGGCCGUCGGUAACGAGCCGUUCCUGGAGACGUUCAACGGGACGUACCUGAACACGACGUUCCCGGCGAUGCAGAACAUCCAGGCGGCGCUGGUGAAGGCCGGCCUGGCUGACAAGGUGAAGGUGACGGUGCCGCUGAACGCCGACGUGUACCAGUCGCCGACGGGGAAGCCGUCGGACGGCGACUUCCGCGCCGACAUCCACGGCCUGAUGCUCGCCAUCGUCCAGUUCCUGGCGUCCACCGGCGCGCCGUUCGUGGCCAACGUGUACCCGUUCAUCAGCCUGUACGCGGACCCCAACUUCCCUCUCGACUACGCCUUCUUCCAGGGCUCCUCGUCGCCGGUGGUCGACGGCGGCGUCACCUACCAGAACACCUUCGACGCCAACCACGACACGCUGGUAGCGGCGCUCCGCCGGAACGGGUUCGGCAACGUGUCGGUGGUGGUCGGCGAGGUCGGGUGGCCGACGGACGGCGACGCCAACGCCAACCUCGACUACGCGCGGCGGUUCAACCAGGGGUUCCUCGCCCACAUCGCCGGCGGCCAGGGCACGCCGCUGCGGCCGGGCCCCGUCGACGCCUACCUCUUCAGCCUCAUCGACGAGGACCGCAAGAGCAUCCAGCCGGGCAACUUCGAGCGCCACUGGGGCAUCUUCAACUACGACGGCACGCCCAAGUACGCGCUCAGCCUCGCCGGCGGCAACGGCUCGGCGACGCUCAAGCCGGCGAGGGGCGUCAGGUACCUGGAGAAGAGGUGGUGCGUGCUCAAGCCGUCGGCGGACCUCGCCGACCAGAAGGUCGGCGACAGCGUCAGCUACGCGUGCGGGCUCGCCGACUGCGCGGCGCUGGGGUACAAGACCUCCUGCGCCGGCCUCGACGCCAAGGGCAACGUCUCCUACGCCUUCAACAGCUACUACCAGACCAUGGACCAGGACGACCGCGCCUGCGACUUCAGGGGCCUCGCCGCCGCCACCUCGGUCGACCCCUCGGUGGGGACGUGCCGCUUCAUCGUCGAGAUCGACGUCGGCGCCGCCGCGGCUAUUAGCUCCGCCAGGGGCGUCGCCUCUGUGCUCGCCGCGCUCGUGCUCAUGUCGUCCAUGUUGCUCUGAUGAGCUAGCUAGACCGGCUGAUUAGUUCUCGGCUUGUCACGGCUUGUUUCGGCUUAUUUUCUUUCAUAUAAUACUAUUUAUUCUACCAACCAAACACUAUUCAUCAGAUCAGCCGAACAGCCUCGAAGCAUUUCCAAA